GCUCGCCCUCUGGUCGCAGCUGGCAAAAUACCACAAACUGUGACCUGAUUUGCAGGAGUGGGCGGGUGGAGGGUUCGGUGCUCUUCCCGUUGUGCCUGGCUCGCGUUCAGCGACUGUGCCCCGGCCAGAAUAGCCUCGGCCGAGAGUGGGAGCCGAGCGGAGGCUGAGAGAUGGCGUCCCAGCCGCCGCCUCCCCCGAAACCUUGGGAGACCCGCCGAAUUCCGGGGGCCGGGCCAGGACCAGGACCUGGCCCCACUUUCCAAUCUGCUGACUUGGGCCCUACUUUAUUGACAAGACCUGGACAACCAACACUUACCAGAGUGCCCCCACCUAUUCUUCCAAGGCCAUCACAGCAGACAGGAAGCAGCACUUUGAACACUUUCAGACCUACUUACAGUUCAUUUUCUUCUGGAUAUGGCACCUAUGGAAAUUCAUUUUAUGGAAACUAUAGCCCUUAUAGUUAUGGAUAUAAUAGUUUGGGCUAUAAUCGCCUCCGUGUAGAUGAUCUUCCACCUAGUAGAUUUGUUCAACAAGCUGAAGAAAGUAGCAGAGGUGCAUUUCAGUCCAUUGAAAGUAUUGUACAUGCAUUUGCCUCCGUCAGUAUGAUGAUGGAUGCUACCUUUUCAGCUGUCUAUAACAGUUUCAGGGCUGUAUUGGAUGUAGCAAAUCACUUUUCCAGACUAAAAAUACACUUCACAAAGGUUUUUUCAGCUUUUGCCUUAGUAAGGACUAUAAGAUAUCUUUAUAGACGGUUACAACGUAUGAUGGGUUUAAGAAGAGGCUCUGAGAAUGAGGACCUGUGGGCAGAAAGUGAAGGAACUGUGGCUUGUCUUGGUACUGAGGACCAAGCAGUUAACUCAGCAAAAUCUUGGCCAAUAUUCUUGUUCUUUGCUGUUAUCCUUGGUGGUCCUUAUCUCAUCUGGAAACUGCUGUCUACCUACAGUGAUGAAGUAGCAGAAAACACCAGUUGGGCAAAUGGUGAGGAUGACCACGUAGUUGCUAGAGCAGAAUAUGAUUUUGCUGCAAUGUCUGAAGAAGAAAUUUCAUUCCGUGCUGGUGAUAUGCUAAAUUUAGCGCUCAAAGAACAACAACCCAAAGUUCGUGGUUGGCUUUUGGCCAGUGUUGAUGGUCAAACAACAGGACUUAUACCUGCAAAUUAUGUUAAGAUUCUUGGUAAAAGAAGAGGUAGAAAAACAGUGGAAGCGAGUAAAAUUUCCAAGCAGCAACAGUCUUUUACCAACCCAACACUAAUUAAAGGAGCCACGGCUGCUAACUCUUUGGAUGAACAGGAAGCUGCUUUUGAAUCUGUUUUUGUUGAAACUAAUAAGGUUCUGGGUGCACCUGGUUCCACAGAGAAAAGUGGAGAUAAACAAGAUCUUUGAUAUCUUUCAUGUUUGUGUGCAGUUGAACAAUAUUUUAGAGUACUUUAAAAAUUAUUUCAUACAAAGAAAUUAAUCUACAGUUUAGUAAGAACAUUUGUUAUUGGCUAUUCCAGGUGUUUUGCUGCUAGAAAUUAUUAAAGUUAUACAUUAGUAUGUUGACCUAGUGACCUGGUCACAUUUUGCACUGUAUUGGACCAUGAGGACAUUAGUUUUGCCUAGCUUUUAAGAUUAUGGAGAUUGCUAUCAUUUUCAUGGUAUUUAAAUCCCUUGGUAUUGGAAGAGUAAUAUUUAAUAUUGAUGAACUAUAUA